AUGCUUCCACAGCUGGUUCUCGUCACACUGCUGGGGCUCACAUGGACAACAGUAACUGGACUGCCCUGCACUGAGAUGUUUCCUUCUCAGCCACCUCCUUCAACUGUUCACAGUGUGAGGCCCUCAGAUGUGGCUGUGCUAUCCUCUAUUGGACUUCACAUGCACAGCACUGAGCUGUCCAAAGUGGUAUCAAGACUCAGAGAGCUGAUGACCCUGUUCAACCCUGCACUCGUCAGUCCUCAGUCAGAUGAAUCAAACUUGUACGCCCCUCACUUUGUUCAACAAAGCACACUGGUGGAGCAGGCAAAGGAAGUCUCCCACUAUCUUCAGAACAAUCAGGUCACUGGUGUGGAAAGAGACUGGAAACUGGUGCUUCUCUUUGUUCAGGUGGAUCGGCUCUGUGGAUGCAAGGAACAGCAGGUUCAUUCUGUUAUCCAGGCAGUGGUUGAAGAGGUGGAUGAUGCUCUGCAGUUGCUGCACUCUCAGCUAAAGCGGGCCAUUGUCAGUGUUGCAUUGUGGGACGGAGAGCACGAUGCUUUCCAGCACAAGACGUGCCCAUGCAUGGAAACAAACAGGGACGGAGAAGUCAGACUUCUGAGGGCCACGCUGACUCAGUCUCUGCAGGAGUCCUUGGAUGAGCUCAUGGUAAAGAAACACUGGUACGGUGACAGGGACAACUUCACUGUCACUCUGCAGGACGAACCUUUCAUCACAGACCUGUCAUCUGUUGCUAGUGGGAAGCCUCUCUCCGAGUCAGAAGCCACGCAGCAAACUGAUGAACUAACAGUGCAGAUGUGGAAAAACCUGCUGCAGCCCACAGUUGGCAAAGAUAACACAGAGGACAAUGGAAAGAUCAUUGCAUUGCCAUGUCCAACGGAGGGCCGACCCUUCUUGAGGACAGAGGGAAACUCGCCAUCAUAUCACCACAGCAAUGUUUCUCCUCUCCUUCACCCAUUCACAGGAACAGAGAUGCCCUGUGAGGACUUCAGCCCCUCAGACUCCGUACCCACCUCAGUCCAUGAACUCAGACCUGGAGAUAUCAAAGUCGUGGCUGCUGUGGGAGACUCUCUAACAGCAGGGAACGGUAUUGCAUCCAGCCAAAACAACAUCCUGGACGUCCUGCGUCAGUACAGAGGUUUAUCCUGGAGUAUUGGUGGAGAUGAAAACCUCACCACUGUCACCACUCUGCCCAACAUCUUGAAGCAUUUUAAUCACAACCUGACGGGCUACUCUGUUGGUACGGGCAAACAACACACUCCUGAGGCUUUCCUCAACCAGGCUGUAGCAGGAGCCAAAAGCAAGGACUUACCAUCACAGGUGCGAGCCCUGGUGGAAAGGAUGAAGAACGACUCUAGAGUCAAUUUUGAAUCAGACUGGAAGGUGAUCACUUUUUUCAUCGGAGGGAAUGACAUCUGUGACCACUGCUACAACUCUCUCUUCUAUUCUGUAGAGAAUUAUAUUCGUAAUGUUCGUGAAAGCCUGGAUUAUCUACACAAAGAGGUGCCUCGAGCUCUGGUAAACUUAAUAGAGCCUCUCCAUAUUACUCCCCUGAGACAAAUGCACAUAGACGCUUCUUUGAAAUGCCCAACCUGGCUGGUGAAUAUUCUGUGUCCUUGCGUUAUCUUGCCAAAGGCCAACUCUAAAGCUCUUCAAAUGGUGGAGGACAUCAACAGAGGUUAUCAGCGUUUACUGCAUGAGCUUGUGGAGUCAGGCCAGUAUGACACUCGCUCAGACUUCACCGUGGUCAUACAGCCUUUCUUCAGAGAAGUCGUUGUCCCCACACUGCCGGACGGCCGCCCUGAUCGCUCCUUCUUCAGUGCUGACUGCUUCCAUCUCAGCCAGAAGGCCCAGACGCUGAUGGCUCGCUCCCUCUGGAACAACAUGCUGGAACCUCUGGGCAAGAAGACGUCCCAACAGAAUUUUACUGCAGACAUUGACCUGAAAUGUCCUACCAAGACUUCGCCAUAUAUUCGCACCUAUAACAACAGCAACUACAAAUAUACUGAUCCCUCCCCAGCACCUGGACCUAUUACAAACUGGGGAAGUGACUUCUCCUGUGUGGACCUUGUUCCAUCUGACACUGUGCCAAUGUCAGUUCACAAGCUGAGACCAGCAGACAUCAUGGUUGUGGCAGCACUGGGAGACUCUUCAACGGCAGGAACUGGCGCCAAAGCAAAGAAUGUGUUUGACCUCAAUAAAGAAUAUAAAGGAGUGUCGUGGAGCAUCGGAGGGGAUAAGACUCUUGACACUGUCACAACACUUCCAAACAUCUUGAAGAAGUUCAACCCCUCUCUAAAGGGCUUCUCUAAAGGUCAGGGGUCAAGAUAUAAGGGCUUCAACAUGGCUGCACCUGGAGCUAAGACCUCAGAGAUCCCAGGACAAGUGCAAGCUCUCAUCAAGGCCAUGAGAGAAAAUAAGGGGGUGAAUUUUGAAAAGGACUGGAAACUCGUGACAAUAUUUGUAGGGGGAAAUGAUCUUUGCCAUUAUUGCAUAGACCAAAAUAAUCUGUCACCCAAGAAUUACAGUCACAAUCUUAUGCUCAGCUUGGACAUGCUUUACAAAGAGGUACCGAGGCUGUUGGUCAAUGUUGUGGAGAUCAUGCAGAUCUACCCAUUGAAAACAGUUAAGAAGAACACACUGGGCUGUACUCUACUGCAGAGGACCAGCUGCCCCUGUGUGAUCAACCCAUCUGAAAACUCCCCAGAACUUGAAGAAAUAAAACGGAUCAAUCUCGAGUACCAGGCUGAGCUCCAGCAUCUUAUUUCUGGAGAUCGUUAUGAUGGAAAAGGAGAUUUUGCUGUUGUCCUUCAACCAUUUCUACACAAUUCCUUUAUCCCUCAUAUUGGAAAGGGGGAGGCUGACCCGAGUUUCUUCUCUCUCGACUGUCUCCACAUCAGUGAGCGAUCACACGCUGAGAUGGCCAUUGCCCUCUGGAAUAACAUGUUGGAGCCUGUAGGCAAGAAACAGGCCUACAACAACUUCACAUAUGAUCGCUCCAAGAUUCACUGUCCCUCUGAGGCCACUCCCUUCAUCUUCACUAAGAUAAACAGCCUCCCAACUCCACCAGGAACCAUCACCACCACCACCACCCCCACCACAAGCUCCAGUCCUACAACAACCAUCCCUGUGCCCAAGUGUCCCUCCUCCAUACCUGUAUGGGCACCAGUGGUUGUGGGAAUUGUCGGUUUACUGGCUGGCAUUACUGUCGCCUGGCUAAUUUUCUCCUGCAGUAAAUGUUGGAAAAAAGGUGGAGAAGAAACAGAGAGAGGAGAAAAUAUGAGGGGAACUAAUUUUUAAUGCAGUUAUUCUUAUUGUCAACAGUAUGUUUAAGCCUUAAAGCUGCAUCUGGCAAUUUUUGAACACUAGAGGGCAGAAAGCCCUACAGAAGUAACACCCAGCAGAAACAGCAACAUUGAUAGGCCAUUAGGGUCUUCCUUUUCUUGCCACCUGUUGAUGCAAGUCCAGUAUUCAGUUGCACUGUAGCCAUGGUUUGGUCCACCAGUUCUUGACAAAAGUAAGUGGGUCUGUUUGUUUUGCCAGAUGUUCGACUUUCUUCACCAGCUGCUUGUUUACUGUCUGUUGUUUCAAGCUAGACAAGCAGUGAACAGUCAGCUUGUCUGUGUGGCUGGAGCAGCUGUUCACAAUUUUAUUUGAACUCAGCAAUAAAUUAUCCAGGUCAAGGACCAAUAAAGCAGAACAAUAAAACUGUAGAGCUGCAGACUGGGAUGUAGAUUCUUGGUUGGACUGGCAGUACAAGUAACCUUUUCGCACAACAGGUACUCAAAUAAUUAAAUGCUAGUUUGAAAAAUAUUACUAAAUGGUACUUUUUUGUACUGCACGGAAAUUGUGAAAUAUUCCAUGUGUAAUUGGUUGACCUCUGUGAAUCCAAAAAUGUUGUACAUUUCUCUUUAGUCAUUGUUAUUUAUUGAUAAAAUAAAAUUGCUACAAUAUUCAA